AGUCUUGCUUUGCUGCAUUCCAGACAGGGUGGAGCCUGGGAGGAGGUUGUGAGGAGCUCCAUGAGGGGGCAGGAGGAGCAGCAGCAGCCCUGGAAGAGAGGAUGGCUUCAAGAGCAACGGCAGCUCCUCUCCAUCAGGUUGGUCAAAGUCCACCUCCACCGCUCCUGCUGCCGCCCCAUUAAAAACACAUUUAAUUCAGUUUAGCCCGUGCUAUGCACGGUGCUGGGAAUUGUAAAUAAGCCAGCUGAAUCAUAGCGUUCCUUAAUCCUUUUUGUUUGGAUGUCACACACACACUUGUUUUCCAAUCCAAACAUCCGAGGCUGCGCCCUGUGGUGUUUCCCACUCGUAAGGUAAUACUCACUGCUGUGUGAAGACGGGGAAAAAGCCGAGCUCUCCUCUCUUGUCGACAUUUUUCAAACGGUGGUGUAGAUUUUAUGGGACAUUAUCAGCGUAGAGAAGCAGGAUCAGGGACCUGUGACAGCAGAGCUGGCUUCCAAACUGCAGCUUCUGCGCAUGCGCUCGAGAAAGAUCUCACGAUAGCUUGAACCAGAAAUUUCAAAUAUAACAUUUUUAAUUAUUUUGUCCAUAUUUUCAAAGUGGUUGUAGAAACGAUUCAUAAUUGUUUCUAAUAUUCAUGUUAAAUCGUCCACAUAUUUUCUUUACUUUAAAAAAAAUGGAUUGGUUGACGAGUGGAAUUGUGGGAAAUGAAGUUGUAUCAUGCAGCACCUAGGCUAGGCUAGGCUAAGCUAGGCUACAUUUGUGCACGAGUCUGCCAUGUGGAGUCCGUAUUAACCCUCCGCACCUCACAAUCAGCCUUUCAGCUUCUGUCAGUCACUAUGUCGUUUUGUUUUAAUUUCGACCUUCCUGCACAAAAAGCACAGGCCGACGAAGAGGAUGGAACGGGAGAGAAAAAUGAAGAGAAAAGUAGAGCAGCUCUACCUACUGAGAAUAAAAUGAAACCAUCAGAGCCAGUUAAAGAGGCCACAGAGCACUUCCCUCCAUCAGACCCGCACGUUCUCAUGGAUGCCAUUUCUGAGACUGUAACCAUUGGAACUCUUCCUCCUCUCCAUUUCCUCAAUGAGACAGUUUUUGAGAAGACGGCCUCGGACAGGGAAGAUUGCGAAAAAAUUCUCAGUCGCACGGCGGAGCAGAGGUCCGAUCUGAUCUCUGGUGUGUACGAAGGAGGCCUCAAAGUGUGGGAGUGCACUUACGACCUCCUGGAGGUGAUUGAGAAAGACGGAGAGACCUUUGGAGGGAAGACAGUCUUGGAUUUGGGCUGUGGCGCCGGGCUCUUGGGAAUACUGGCUCUGAAGAGAGGAGCCAAGCAGGUCCACUUCCAAGAUUAUAACAGCACAGUCAUUGAGCAGCUCACCGUGCCAAAUGUAAUGCUAAACUGCCAAGAGGAUGAUGAAGACAGUGAAGAUGAUAAGGAAGGGGAAAAACAGAGAGAAGAUGUCUUUAAAAAGAAAGCUAAAGGGAAGGAGGAGGAGGAAGAUGGCAACCCACCGAUGAAGAAAAGAGCCACAGACUUGUCACAGAAUCUCCUCCUAAACAGGUGUCAAUUCUUCUCUGGUGAUUGGAGCACUUUCCUCACUCUGGUUCUGAAGAAAAACCCCUCACUCAAAUACAACAUUAUCCUAACAUCAGAAACUAUCUAUAACACAGCUUAUUACCCCGUGCUCCAUGAAACCCUCCACCAACUGCUGGCGCCGGAUGGACUGAUCUACCUCGCCACUAAGUCCCACUACUUCGGUGUCGGGGGAGGACUGCAUCUGUUUGAGACCUUCGUGGAGGAGAGGGGGAUUUUCUCUCUGAGUCACCUGUGGGACGGAGAAGAAGGGCUUCAGAGACAUGUUGUGGUCCUGAGAAUUAAAAAGCCAAAGGACACUUGAAUAAGGGCUCUGUUGUCUGAUCAGACUGAUUUAAUCCAGUGAUAUUUUGGAUUGUAUUUCAGUGUUUGGUGUGAGGAUUGCUGGUCAAAGCAAUUUGAAAUGUACCAGAAAGAGGAAGAGCGAAAAUAAAAAGCUGCCACAUCU